AUGGGAAUUAAAAAAUUAUUCAUUUGCUGUUGCAAAGACGAAGGUUCGAAUUCCGGGAAACCUUCCACUUCAAAUGAUUUAGCGCCAGAGAAUAAUAGACCAAAUGGUAAAAGGAUGAUUUAUACAUUAAAAUCACAUCAUAAAUUCUUUAAUAAUUAUUUCAAAAAUUUAGCGCAAGAUUCUUCCGAGCAAUUUUCUAUUUUGAUUACGCCAGAUUCCGAGAUACUUCCAAUACAAAAUGGUAAUAUUGCGUCAGAUUCGGAAUCAAAAAAAUCCGCUCAGUCCGAUUUGAGUCCCUAUAAUCCUCCUGCAAUAACAGAUAAGAAAGAACGUUUUGCCGACGGUUUAGAUACGGCAAACUCCGUGCUAGUACCGUUCUUAAGUUUUUUACCACUUAUAACGGAGGUAACCCAAGUAUUUAAUGAAAUAAUAAAAAUAUAUCAAACAGCUGAACAUAAUAAACAGAUAUGUGGUAUAUUUUUGGAUAGAGUUCAAUUAGCUGAUACUUCCGUAAGGAAUUUAAAAAAUCGUAGAGAUGUAAAUGUAGAAUUUUUUUCAAAAAAUAAUCUGAUGCAUCUACAAAAAUUGGUUAUCAUUGUUGCUCAAAUUCGUAAAUUUGUUGGAGAAAUUUCUCAACUGACAGGUUUAUACAAGUAUAUUCAAGCUAAAAAUAUUGAAAAUACUGUUAAAGAAUUAAGUAGCGAAUUUGAUUCCAAGAUACAAGCAUUGCACUUUUCUUUGUCUGUCGAUUUUGGUAUCAAUGCAGAUAGAGCUGCUAAAGAUCAAGAAGCUAUUCUGUCUGAUAUCAAAGACUUAGUUCUGUAUCUUACACAUAUCGGCAGUGGUGUUACUGACGAGAAUCAAAACGUCUCGGAAGAAGUUGUGCUAUUAAGCGUACUUAAUAAAAAGUUUACCGAUUCUAAAUCAACAGUAAACACUGAUAUUUUUAAAAGUGAAUUACUCGAUUAUAAUGAUUUUGAAGAGGAAGAGCUUAAAGAUAAUCAAUCUCCGACAAAAGUUAGAAAAUUUAAAAGAAGAGCAAAAGGAUUGAAUGAUUUUGUUGCAUUAAAGUUGGUUGCUGAUAAAACUAGCAUUAAAGCAGAAAAGGAAAAUUUUAUAAAGCAAGUUAUUAUUUUAAAAAAAUUGGAUCAAUGUGAUUGUAUUAUUCAAUACUUUGGUUUAACUGUUAAUGAUGAUAAAUUUUAUUUGGUGACUGGAUGGGCCGAGUAUGGCAAUUUACGUGAAUAUUAUCAAAAAUAUUCACUCGACCUUAAGCUGAAGUUAAGUUUUGCUCUUGACAUUGCUAAAGGCUUAAAUUUCUUGAGCGCUGUUAAGAUCGUUCAUCGUGAUAUUAGAGCCGAAAAUAUUCUAAUCACAUCUCGGAUGUUGGCAAAGAUUGCAAAUUUUAAGGAUAGUCGAGCAAUUACUGAUGUCACAAAGAAUCAAGGCGCAACGCUAGAAACCGUACGGUAUUGCGCUCCUGAAAAAUUGGAAAAAGGAAAGGCAUAUAAAUAUGAUACCAAAUGUGAAGUUUAUAGUUUUGGAAUUUUGCUUUGGGAAAUCGCCGAAGAGAAAAUUCCUUAUGAGAAAGAAGGUAAUGAUAUAAUUGCAAUUACCGAUCUUGUUUGCAUUAAAAAAUACCGUGAGACAUUUUCUCUCGGUUCUCAAUUACCAGAGGAAUACAAAGAACUUGCAAAAAAAGAACUUUUUCAGAAAGUUGGUAUACCACAUCCAUCACCGAAACUCUUGGCAACACGUGUGAAUGAUUUCUCAAAAGAUAAAGAAGCGAUUAUAAAUUUCGAAGAUUUUAAUUAUAUGACAGUAGAUGAUGCAGUAAGAAAUAGAGAAAAUCGCGAGUUAUCUUAUAAAUGUUUUGUAGCAUAUGCAGAAUUAAACGAUAUAAAAGCGAAAUACUAUAAAGCAUAUUAUAUUCAACAAAAUUACGUUAAACUUGAUAUGGAUCAAACAUCAAAAAACAAAUUAGUAGCAGAAUUGUAUAAAGAAGCGGCGGAUUCGGGCUUUCCCGAAGCUCAAUUACGUUAUGGUGUUUGUUUAUAUAAAGGUAUUGGAGUUAAAAAGGAUUUAAAAGUAGCUGCCGAGUAUUUUACUAAAUCCGCCGACAAUGGCCAAGCUGUUGGUAUGUUUAAUGCUGCUACUUUGUAUCUCUCUGAUAAUGCUGAUAUAAGAGAUGAAGCAUUAGGUAAAAAAUAUAUGAGAUUAGCUGUUUAUGAACAACAUAACGAAGCUGCUGAAUAUUGUAAGAAGCAUGAUAUUCCUUUGUAG